AUGGAUAACUAUUAUCCUAACUAUUACGAUCAAUCCCAGCAAGGAAGAAACCCGCCCCGAUCGGGGGUGAAUCCUCAACAACUUACACCAGUCGGUUAUCAACAACCUGUUAGUCCAAAAUAUGAGUUUCCUCAACAACCGCAACAAGGAUAUCAGCCAUCACAACAACGAGGAUACCAGCAAACUACGUAUCAGCAAGGUUAUGAGAGAGUCUCGCCUCCUAUUGAUCAUAACCAACUUCGAAGGCAACCAACUAAUGGUUUUGGUUAUGAAAAUAUUGUUCCAAAUAUUAACAAUUUUGGUGGAGAAUACGAGCAUGUAUAUGACGACAAAUAUGAAAAAAGAAGGUCCGCUCGUCAUGUCGAGCUUACUCAUGGAAAUUUAGUGUUAGAUUGUCCAGUACCUGACAAAGUACUUCGUAAUGUCAAAUACAGUGACAGUGAAGAAUUUAGCACUAUGCGAUACACUGCUGUCACGUGCGAUCCUGAUGAUUUUAUUCAAAAUAAAUAUCUUCUUCGACCUCACAUUUAUGGUCGAAAAACUGAACUUAUGAUUGUUAUGACCAUGUAUAAUGAAGAUGAUAGACUUUUUAUCAAAACAAUGUCUUCUGCUAUCAAAAAUGUCGCUCAUCUUUGUUCAAGAACAAAAUCUAAAACAUGGGGACGUGAAGGUUGGCAAAAAGUAGUCGUAGUAAUUGUAUCUGAUGGUCGUAAUAAGAUCAAUCAACGAACCUUGAAUGUUUUGGGUGCUAUGGGUGUUUAUCAAGAUGGAAUAAUGCAAGAUAAUGUUGAUGGAAAACCUGUAACUGCGCAUCUUUUUGAAUACACCACUCAAUUAAUGGUUGAUAGUGAAUGCAAUAUUCGUGGACAGGACAAAAAUGUUCCUCCAGUUCAAGUCUUAUUUUGUUUAAAAGAAAAGAAUGCUAAAAAAUUAAAUUCUCAUCGUUGGUUUUUCAAUGCUUUUGCUGCUCAAUUGAAUCCAAAUGUCUGCGUUUUGCUUGAUGUUGGUACAAAACCUUCUCAUACUUCAAUUUAUCAUCUAUGGAAAGCUUUUGACCGUGAUCCUUAUGUCGGUGGUGCUUGUGGUGAAAUAAAAGCAGAACUUGGAGCAGGAUGGAGGAAUCUUAUGAAUCCUUUGGUUGCAUCUCAAAACUUUGAAUAUAAAAUGUCCAAUAUUUUAGAUAAACCAUUAGAAUCUGUUUUUGGUUACAUUUCCGUUUUGCCAGGUGCUUUCUCUGCUUAUCGAUAUAAAGCUUUGCAAAAUACUUCCCCCGGUAAAGGUCCUCUAGCAUCUUACUUUAAAGGUGAAACUAUGCACGGUUCAGGUGCUGCUAGUGCCGGUAUCUUUGAAGCAAACAUGUACUUGGCUGAAGAUCGUAUUCUAUGUUUCGAAUUAGUCGCUAAAAAAUAUGAAUCAUGGAAAUUGAAAUAUGUCAAGUCUGCUAAAGCAGAAACUGAUGUCCCAGAUACUAUACCUGAAUUUAUUUCUCAACGUCGUCGUUGGUUAAAUGGUUCUUUCUUUGCUGCUUUCUACUCUGUUGCCAACUUUACACGUAUCUGGACUUCUGGUCAACCAUUUUACCGCAUGUUAAUGUUACAAGUUGAAUUCAUUUAUAAUGCCAUUCAAUUAUUAUUUAAUUGGUUCGCCUUGGGUGAUAAUGGUAAUUCCGGAAAUUUAGGUGGUGCACAGGCAGUGAAAGGGAAAGAUGGUAAACAAGUGUUUAAAGUCGAAAUUCCCACUGAAAGAGCCGAUAUCAAUGCUGCAUAUGAUAAGAUUACGAGUGAGUUAAAAGUUGUAGUUCACGAAGAAAGACAACAUCGGGAUA